AUGACGCAGCCCGACGACACGGACGUCGCGAAGCUGAAGAGGGCGUGGAUGAACGAAAAGUGUGCACCCGAGAUUUUGCAAUUCCAAGCCGACCUCGUCGCGCGCGUUACCGAGCAGGUGGAGCACCAGGAGGCGACGGUGAGCAGCGCGCGCGCGGCGGCGGCGGCGGCGGGGGGCGCCGCGAGCGGGGGCUUGGACGACCUCACCGCGCACAUCAUGCACGCUGAGCUGAACCGAGUGCGAUUCAUGCUGCGAUCGUACUACCGCACGCGCCUUCACAAGAUCGAGGCGCACGUCGUGCACGUGGUGAAGGAGACGGAGGUUUACGAGAAGCUGUCCCCGCAGGAGCAGGAGUACGCGAAGGACUACGCGAACUUGAUAGAGGGGCACUUCGGGAGCGUGCUGAAGGACCUGCCGGACCGGUACACGUCGAUGUUGCAACAGAUCGAAGAGGAGGACGGCCCGUUCGACAUGGUAGCCGAGCCGAACUUGGACAAGCACGUGUUCUGUCGGAUCAAAGAAGACCGCGGGGACUUCUUGCUCGACCCGAACGACCCGGACCCGGCAAACACGGUGGAACUCAAUAAGGGCGACAUCUAUUUAAUCCGGUACCGGUUCAUCAAGGGGCUGCUGGAGGAAGACGCGUUGGAGCUCAUCUGAGGACGACGAGGGUAGGAUCGCGAUCGUCUUUUGAUCGUUCGAGUUGAUAUUACAGUAACAAAG